ACUUGUAUGUAUCCCUUCUCUCUCUCUCUCUCUCUCUCUCUCUCUCUCCUGUUAUGAAGACGGUGCGAUCGAGCCAAGUGGCAAUUUUGGUGCUUGUUAUGGCAGCCGUGUUGGGGUACUCUGCCACGGCGAAGGGAGGAGCGGCGGAGUAUGUAUCGGCGGUGGGAGAUCCGGGCAUGAAGAGAAACGGUCUUCGUGUGGCGUUCGAGGGCUGGAACUUCUGUAAUGAAGUUGGGGCUGAGGCGCCCGGAAUGGGAAGUCCCAGGGAAGCUGACUGCUUUGACUUGAAAAGCACUACUCUUCCUAUACAAGACGGUUCCGAGAAAGUCGAUCAUGAAGUUGUUCACCUUGUAAACGAGCAAGAAAACAAAAUGGGAGCAAAUCAGAGCGGCGAUAACGUGGACCUCUACGCUGUCAAGAAAGAGUUAUAUCUCGGUGCCAAAUGUGAGGUUAAGGACACACCGAAUCCAUGGCAUUAUUGGAUGGUGAUGCUCAAGAAUGGCAACUUCGACACCAAGUCGGGUCUCUGCCCCUCCAAUGGAAAGAAGGUCGGGCCCUUCCCACCAGAAUCUCGAUUCCCCUGUUUUGCUGAGGGAAAAUGCAUGAACCAGCCGCUUCUAUUCCACAACUACACUGCUUUCUCAGACAAUGAAGACAUGCUUCGAGGAAGUUUGUAUGGUACUUAUGAUCUCGACGCCGAUAUUAGCAGAGGAUUGGAUAACAUCUCUUACUACUCGGUGGUAUGGGAGAAGAAAUUUGGUAAUGGUGAGGAUGAAGGGUGGAAGUUUCAUCACUAUCUCAGGACUUCGCAGAAGUAUCCUUGGCUUAUGCUGUACCUCAGGUCAGAUGCUACCAAGGGCCUCUCUGGCGGGUAUCACUAUCCUGGCUGUGGGAUGACUAAGAUUAUCCCACAGUCACCUGACUUCAAAGUACGCUUAAGAUUAGAUAUAAAGCAAGGGGGUGGACCAAAGAGCCAAUUUUACCUACUUGACAUGGGUAGUUGCUGGAAGAACAACGGUGAACCCUGCGAUGGCAAUGUAGAGACUGAUGUAACCCGGUACAGUGAAAUGAUCCUGAACCCAGACACCGAUGCUUGGUGCCACAAAGACAGCCUUAACAAUUGCCCACCCUAUCACACCUUUCCCAAUAGCAGUCGUAUCCACCGCAACGACAGUACCAAUUUCCCCUAUGAAGCCUACCACAUGUACUGUGCCCCUGGGAAUGCCCAGUAUCUUGAACUGCCACACAAUCUCUGCGAUGCUUAUAGCAACCCACAACCACAAGAGAUUUUGCAGAUCCUCCCACAUCCUGUAUGGGGUCCUUAUGGGUACCCUACAAAGAAAGGGGAGGGGUGGAUUGGUGAUCCUAAGACGUGGGAACUUGACGUUGGUGGGAUGUCACAAGAUCUAUACUUUUAUCAAGAUCCAGGCACCGUACCAGUGAAGAGGAGUUGGACGUCACUAGAUGUUGGUACAGAGAUUUAUGUUAGUGAGAAUCAGGUGGCUGAGUGGACUCUCAGCCAAUUUGAUAUUCUUGUCCCGAAGGAAUUGGUGGCAUUAGGAUGAAUGGAUGCUACUUUGGUUGAGGAAUUAAACUUCUUAUUCUUGAAGGCUCAAUUCUAUAAUUUCUUUUUUGUUCUGUACAUUUAUAUUUAUUGUUUUGUCUUAGGCUU